AUGCUAGACACAGCUAGCAAUGGGAACUUCCUCAACCAGGAUGUAGAUGAUGGCUGGCAACUUGUGGAGAACAUAGCUAACUCAAAUGGAAGCUAUGGAGAAGAGUAUGAUCGCACCAACCGGAGCUCGACCCACCACUCGAUCGAGUCAGACGAAAAGUUGAGAAAAGAUGUUAAGGCAUUGAAUGAGAAGUUGGAUAAGCUGAUCCUAGCUCAGUCCACAAUGAAGAAAGUCAACUUUGUGUCUGCUGAGGAGAUGGAACCAGUCCAAGAAGGGGAGGAUACACAAUUUGCUGAGGUGUGCUACAUGAGCAAUGGGCAAGGAGGUUACAACAAAGGAUACUAUAAUUACAAGUCCAACCCUGCCAUGUCAUACCGCAACACUGAUGUUGCUAACCCUCAGGACCAAGUAUAUCCUCAACAACAAGCAGCUCGAUCGAGUCAAGGUGCCACAACAUGGAUCGAGAACCUCAACACAAGGGUUUACUCUCUGGAGAAUCAUGCUUCUUCUGUUGCUGCUGCUACAAAGCAAGGACAACUACCUGGUAAAGCUAUUCAGAACCCCAAGGAACAGUGCAAGGUCAUCUUCACUCAAGAAGGACUUGUUGAAGAAGAGGAUCAAGAAAGGGUCAUUGAAGAUUUUUGUUUACUGCUGAAUGAUGAAGAGAUUGUUGCUGCUGAGGCUCCUGGAGUCCAGAUUGAUCAACCAGAAGUGCAGGCACCUACUGUGGCCAUUCACACUUCACCAGUUGAGCUCGCAACAAGCUCGAUCGGCAGCUCGAUCGAGUCCAACUCUAGCUCGAUCGAGUCCGACCUCUUCUGUCCAAAACCAGUUUUGCUUGAUCCUUACCAACCGGUUGCUUCCUCGUCUCGCCUACUUAGUCAAGGUCACAAGGAAGUGAUUCACAAGUUCAGAAGAGAUCUCAGUGGGAUUGGAAUUGAGUUGCCUCCUAUGGAUAGCAUGAGUGAGGCAUUUGAUCAAAUGCAAAUGGUCAAGGAUGUUCUAGCCAACAGUGAUAAAGUUUCAGAGGUCCUACAAGAGUCUACUCAUCAGUUCAACCUGCUUACUUCACCCACUUCCUACCAAAGGUCAAGGAUCAAGGGAAAUUCACUCUCCCUUGCACACUUGGGCAUCUUGAGAUUGACAAUGCCUUAG